AAAAUGGCGGCGACGGAAGAGACAUCAAAAAACCACUUGACUUCUCCCCAAAACGGACGCGACGGGCCACCUGCCCCUGAACAAUGCCAACAUGGACGGUCUGGUUACGUAACGUUGAUCUAAACUGGCCAAGGAACAUGCUGAGGUUUAUUGGCGGCAACAUAGGACACGCGACAGCGGAUGCUAAAUCAACGAUAGAUGCAGGGAUAAGGCGAAUUGGCUUUCGAAACGGAUUUUGUUUUUCCUACGCCGUUUAAUACCUCCCUUUACACAGAAGUGUGUAUUUUACACUGAGAGUAUAGUGGUUUUGGCAUAGGUAUUGCCAUAUUCAUCAGAGAAUUCCCAGAAUGGAUUUUUCGUUUUGUUUGAGUGCCGGCAGAUCGGAAAGUCCCUGGUGAUCGGAUGCAUCACAUGAUAGGCUAGAAUAAAGUGGCUAUGCCAAUGCAUCAUGAGAACAGAGAUGCACUUUGAGAUUCCACAAUUCGUGUUGUUUUACGGGGAAUUAUGGACGGGAGUCGGGAGAGCGGUUUCAUCAACUCUAGGCCGAGUAUGGCGGAGUUUCUGCCGGGGCAAUCAAUCACAGAGACUGGGGUAGCCCCGUACUGUCCCGAGCAGCUGCCACAGGAGUCGACCCGAAUACCGGAGUACCCUUGGAUGCGGGAAAAGAAGCAAGCACGAAAACCUGGGAGCAUAACAAAUGGCGCAUACGAACAGGGGACGUCGACGCCGACGACGCCAACUUCUGUCGGAAACAACCCACGCCGCCUGCGCACAGCGUACACGAACUCACAACUCCUGGAACUCGAGAAAGAGUUCCAUUUCAACAAAUACCUCUGUCGACCCAGGCGGAUCGAGAUCGCAGCUUCGCUAGACCUCACGGAAAGGCAGGUGAAAGUUUGGUUCCAGAAUCGACGGAUGAAGUUCAAACGCCAGACGGGAAAGGGUGAUGGCAUGAAUGAAAAUUCUGUCUCCUCCACGAGUAAUCCUGUUGAUAGUACUUUGGACAGCUCCUCGAACCCCAGCAGUAUUAAGUCAAUGUCACCCAGUGAUGGCAGCCUCUGCGGCCCGGAGACAGACGUCAGGGACGUGACUGGGCCCGAGUCACGAAUCGACAGCACAGCGGAUCCGGGCGACAGGGCAAACACGCCACAGGAAGCACUACCCGGAGUAGGCAAAGAUCUCGAAGCAGAAACAUCUCAGACAGGUUACACUAAACUAAAUAAAGAGCACGAUACUCAAAACAUGUAUGGCAAAUACUCAAGCGAUAACGAGGAGCGAUCGGGGUAUGCUCAACCCUGUAUUGGCGAAUCAGAUCAUUCCAACGGUAAAGUUAAACUUAAAAUGGCGUUAUCAAUGGAUGUCAAAUCAGCGUUAUCUCCAAAUCCAGAUGCGAAAACAGAUGUUUGUCUUGAGCUGAAUCCACUAGUUUCGCGAUUCACCCCAGAUACUGUAAAUCAGACUCAAAGUUCCACACAUCAAGCUUCUAGUCCACAUACGUACGGCGGGAAUGCCGUUAUGGCAAGUCCGUUGGCGGCGUUCACCCCCGGCCAAGACUGUAGUCCUAACUCUGUUGGCUCUUAUCCCCGGAAUCCCGAAGAGGUCCUGAAUCACGCCACAAUGCAAACACAGGGUAUGAACAAUCAGAAUCUCACAAAUGAAAAGGUCUCAUCAAGUUUUUCGAACAUUCCGCGGCAAAAUGGAAUCUCUACUCAGACAAGUUUCUCCUAUGAUCAGUACUAUCCACAUCAAAGCACUAACUUUCAAGGAGGUAGCCCAUGUCAGACCUCACCGAAUACGUUCAACCAUCAGAAUCAAAGUUUCCAACGGCAAAACGGGUCCCCGUCAGAGUACAACGGGUUUGCUGGGACCACUGCUUUAUACAGGAACUACCAUAACUCUCAAUAUUACAGACAAAACUACCAGGCAAUGGAACCACAGUCAGGUCAACCGAAUGCCAUGCAGCCGGCAGAGAAUUUGACACACAACGAGUAUGUGAGGCAGUCACAGCAGGGUCAUAGUAUAACUGGUUACACAGCAAACUUUCCACAAAAACAACAAGAAUGUUGCGAUGACAGUCGACCCUUCAAUAACCAAUUUGACAGUUUCUCAACUUCCAGAAAUGAUUUCAUUGAACUCACGCGCAUGCCGGCUGCUAACAGCAAUCGUCAGGGUCAAGGUCAUUACGAUCAACUUUGCCACCAGGGGGCAGAUGUAAAUAAUCAACCAACCAAUCAGGACGGUUAUUAUAAUUUCAAUUAUGAAAUGAAUCAAGAGUUCUCCAAUCAGUUCAAUAGUUAUAACGGGUACAAUCAGCAGAGUUUUUAUGCUCAAACGUGAUGAUACCAAAAGCAGGUCUUGACUGUUAUAAUGUGACAGACUCACGUUACUUAGAACUAAUGGGGGGCUGAAAUGGUUGAAUGCGACAGAUGAAGCACUGACAUGUAAAACUGUACGAGUGUGCAAACGAAAUUACUAAACAGAGUGAUCGACGGAUUCACAGUUUUAAAACUAUUUCAAAAACCUUUUCAAGCCUGAAUUGUUUUUUUCUUCUUGAUAUUAUUUGACAUGAUCGUGGGGUUGGUCUGUUCACAAGUGUGCUGCUUUUGGUCUUGCAAUACAUUAUAUUUAACAUUAUAAGUGAUAACUGGUUCGCAGGGUAAAAUGAGAGAUAUAUGGCAUAUAUGCAUGUCAUAAUAAUAUAAUAUAGAUCUGUUCACAGUAUAUAACUGAGUGAGAUGUCCUUUAAGGAGGCAACAUUGUAAAGCACGUUAAUCCCAGAUCAGAAGAAAUAUCUUUUAAUCAAGGCAAUAAUCGAUAUCGGGGUAGGGAGUUGACAAAAUAAACAACAGGGAGGUCUAGAUCUGGUUUAGGAGCGUUCGCUGCCUAGUAGCAUAUUGAUUUCAGCUAACUUGCGCUACUGUUAUGAAACGAAAUCUAGAGCUCUCUGCUAAAAUAUUACCAUAUUACACUUGGCGAUGUUUUAUAGCGGUAGUUCAAAUGGUGGCACAAUGAUACAUAGGUUUAGUUCCAAGUCCAAAGUUACGUGAUGGUUACGAUUCAAACUGAAUAGCGACUUGGUGCAAACAAAUUACGACGCGAUUAUUUAACGUUCGUCGUUUCGUAACAUAUCUGGAGUGUCGGAGAUAUAGAUUGCUUCAUUUAGAAUACCGGUAAUCGUUUGUUUUUUCAUAAAGAACGAGUGAUUUUAUACAAUGCAUAAUAGGUGCAAUAAUAUACAUGUCUAAUUUUGUACGUGAAGAUCACUUACUUAAUCCGUUUGCGAAAGACGCUAAAAUGGCAUCAUGUACACAUGUCCAAGUUUAGAAAGACAUCAGGGCAGGAUGAUUUUAUGUAUUUCGUGAGCGGAUCCAGUAACAGUCAAUUUGUACACACUUUCUUGUAAGCAUGUUGAUUGUACAUACUACCAUUGUUGAUAGUUAGCGACGUCACUGUGCAUACGUACAAUGUACAAUGGAGAAACUGUAUGAAUGAUCACAAUUUCGUGUACACAUUUGUUCUAGAGAAUUUAGAGCUUUACAUGACGUAUCAUAUACCACCUGCUUUGGUCACCGCAAUGGCAGGCUGCAUACAUGCACUUUGCUCCAGCGGUUAUAUGGUAAUUAAUGUUUUCACAACUCCACUGUGGGGUAAUUUGAAGUACCAAAUAUCCGCUGGGGCCAUGUACUUGGCUUAGGCUACAUUCUCCCCUGGGCAUGUACAACGUAUACUCCAUUUCAUGUAAUGGACAGUCUUACUGUUAAACUAGAGUACGACAGAAGCAAGUGCACCAAAAACAUCAGAUGAUUCACAAAAGUGUAGUUCAAUCGUGGUUCUACGUGACUGAUCUCUAGCAGCAUUCCUUGCAAAUAACGAUACAGAAGAUGUAAAAUAAAUACUCAUGUCAACUUA